GUUGAUAAGGUCCCUCCUUAACCAAAACAGAGACCCCCCAAAAUGGCAUACAACCUCUGCUCUUCACCUUCUUCUCUCUACCAACCUCUCUGCAACACUCUCUCAUCUUCUUCGAGAGACUCAAAACCAAGAACCUUAAACAACAACUUCUACCAUUCUUUGAAGCUCAACACUCCCUCACCUCAAUCAAGGACAACCUCACUUCAGAUCACCAAUGUCUCAUUACAAGACCAAAAAAUCCCACAGCAAGAAACCUCAAAAGAUUCAAACUUUAAUGAAAAAAAUGGGUCCUCAUCAAAAUCCUACAUCUGGGUCAACCCCAAAAGCUCUAAAGCUUCAACUCUCAGAAAAAGUUCCUAUGAUGCUAGGUAUGCUUCUCUUAUUAAAGCUGCUAAGUCUUUGAAUUCUUGUAACCCAAAUAAAGACGAUGUCUUUAAUAUCUUGGGUGAGUUUGGCAACAAAUUGUUUGAGCAUGAUGCUGUUGUUAUUCUUAAUAACAUGUCGAAUCCAGACACUGCUUUGUUAGCAUUAAAGUUUUUCCGAGAGAGGUUGGAGUUUAAUAGAGAGGUUGUUGUUUAUAAUGUGACUAUGAAGGUUUUGAGAAAGUGUAGGGAUUUGAAUAAGGUAGAGAAGCUGUUUGAUGAAAUGAUUGAGAGAGCUGUGAAGCCUGAUAAUGUUACGUUUUCAACGAUAAUUAGUUGCGCUAGGUUGUGUAAUUUGGCUGAUAAGGCGGUCGAGUGGUUUGAGAAAAUGCCAAGUUUUGGACUUGAUCCUGAUGAUGUUACUUUUUCGACUAUGAUUGAUUCGUAUGGGCGAGUUGGUAAUGUUGAAAAGGCAUUGAGCUUGUAUGACCGUGCUAGAACCGAGAAGUGGCGUCUGGAUACAACCACAUUCUCAACGUUGAUUAGGAUUUAUAAGGAUUCUGGGAAUUUUGAUUGUUGUUUGAACGUUUAUGAAGAAAUGAAGGCUUUAGGUGUUAAACCAAAUUUGGUCAUAUAUAACACUUUGUUGGAUGCCAUGGGAAGAGCUAGGAGGCCUUGGCAGGCGAAGAAAUUUUAUCAGGAUAUAAUUGACAGUGGGUUGUCACCUAGUUAUGCGACAUAUGCAGCUCUUUUACGUGCAUAUGGUAGAGCUCGUUAUGGAGAAGAUACAAUUAAGAUUUAUAAGGAAAUGAAGGAAAAGGAGUUGAGUUUGAAUGUACUUCUUUAUAAUACCAUAUUGGCUAUGUGUGCUGAUCUUGGCUUUGUUGAUGAAGCUAUUGAGAUUUUUGAGGACAUGAAGAAUUCUGGGAUCAGUCCUGAUAGUUGGACCUUCUCGUCUAUGAUUACCAUGUCCUCAUGCUGUGGGAAAGUGUCUGAGGCAGAGAAUAUGCUGAAUGAGAUGUUUGAAGCAGGCUUUCAGCCUAAUAUCUUUGUCUUGACUUCACUUAUCCAGUGCUAUGGCAAAGCCCAACGCAUUGAUGAUGUUGUGAAGACAUUUAACCGACUUUAUGAAUUGCUUAUAACUCCAGAUGAUCGGUUCUGUGGCUGUCUUUUGAAUGUGAUGACUCAAACACCAAAUGAAGAACUUGGCAAACUUGUUGAUUGUGUUGAGAGGGCUAAUCCAAAGCUUGGUCAUGUGGUAAAACUUUUGGUAGAGGAGCAAGGCAAUGAAGGGAAUUUUAAGAAGGAAGCUGCCGAUCUGUUUGAUAAUAUUAGCACUGAAGUAAAGAAAGCGUACUGCAAUUGCUUAAUUGACCUCUGUGUCAAACUCAAUAUGUUGGAGAGAGCUUGUGAAUUGCUAGACCAUGGAUUAACACUUGGAAUUUACACAGAUAUACAGUCCAAAACGUCAACCCAGUGGUCUUUAAAUCUAAAAAGUCUCUCUUCCGGGGCAGCACUGACAGCAUUACAUGUUUGGAUAAAUGACUUGUCUAAGGCAUUGGAAGCGGGGGAGCAGCUUCCUCCGUUGCUUGGAAUCAAUACCGGGCAUGGGAAACACAAGUAUUCAGAGAAAGGUUUAGCCAAUGUGUUCGAGUCACAUUUGAAGGAACUAAAUGCUCCAUUCCAUGAGGCUCCUGAUAAGGUUGGCUGGUUCUUAACUACAAAGGUUGCAGCUGAGUCAUGGUUAGAAUCUAGAAAAUUAGCUGAUGCAGUAGCUGCAUAGGUGCCCUGCUAAUGUAGAUUUUCCAUUCUUAAUGCCUAUAAAUAUUCCAGUUCCCUUUGCUGUUGACAUUCUCUCUCUUGAUAGGGAAUUUUUGUAUUGUUAAGAUAAAUCACUAUAUUCAGCCAUUAAAGCGUUAUAUAGCUGAUCAGAUUCUAAAAUUCUAAA